AUGAAUAACAAGGGGAUUGAGACAUCACUGGACAGGGACUGGGUAACCUCAUUGGAGAAGAAGGUGUCAGACACAAAAUUUAGGGACAGAAACAGAGAGCCAACAAUAUACAGAGUCCCGUAUAUCUUGAAAAUGGUCGACCUCGAAGCCUUUGCGCCAUUGAUCGUCUCGCUCGGCCCCUACAACCUCGACAAAGGUCAUCUAAAGUCCAUGAAUCAGCUCAAAUGGAAGUACCUCAAGUUUGUCCUCGAGGAGCUGAACCCUCGUAUGGUCAUGAAGGACUAUGUGGGUCUGAUCAAGGGUCUGGAAACGCAAGCACGCGUUGCCUAUUCGGAGGAAGUGGAGAUGAGCAGCAACAGUUUUCUGGAAAUGAUGUUGCUGGACGGAUGCUAUGUGAUGCUUACAAUAGUGGAGUGGAGCAUCGUGAAGGAGAUUAUUUCAUGGACUCAAUUUGAAGUACCACAAGAUUGGCCACAAGAUUGGCGCACAAUAGUAGAGAGCAACUUAAAGACGAAGAUUUCAGAAGAGAAUACCUUGUUGACUCGAAGGGUAGUAGCACGAGAUAUUCUCAUGCUCGAAAACCAGCUUCCUUUCUUUCUUCUUGAAACUUUGUACAAAGCUGCAUUUCCUCCCGGCCCUUCCUUUCGAAGCCUAACACUCGAGUUCAUCCGCGGACAUUUCUCAAUAAACUUGAAACUUCCCACAGACAACGACAAUGAGACUUUUCAUCACAUAAUUCAUCUUUUUCUUUCUUGCAUUGAUCCGACAACAAACCAUGGCAAUGGCAAUAGCAAUGAGUCCUCCACAUUUGGCAAUCGCCUUGUCCAUGACUUAUCAUGGAUUCCCAGGGCUACAGAAUGCAAUGAAGCUACAAUUCGCUUCCAAAGAAAAAGGAAUGCCAAGAGUUUCCUGGACAUUACAUUUCACAACGGUAUUUUGGAGAUUCCCCAACUUAAAAUAGACGACCACACCAGCUGGCUCUUGAGAAAUCUUAUUGCGUACGAACAAUGUUCAACGGAUUCCAAGUUCCAUGUUACAUCCUAUAUGAUGUUUAUGAAUCACUUCAUCAAAACGGCAGCAGAUGUCGAAUUGCUUCGAUUACAUAACAUCAUUAUUGACAGCUUAGGGGUGGGCACCCAAGAAAUUGCCACUCUAUUUAUCAAUCUUGUCACGAAUGUCAGCAACUCAGAUGAUUCCUACAUUAAAGGCGUCCUCAUUGACAUUAGGAAGUACCGAGACACUUGA